CUUCUUUUCUCCAACUUGCAUUCUUAAAACAAACUUCUCUGCACAUUCUUGCGUUAGCAAUGGCAUUAGAAACCAAAAUUAUGCUUCUGGUUGCACUUCUUUUCUUCUCCCUCAGCCAUUCUGAGGCAUUAAAGUCCAAAACCAAUAUCACCCGUCUGCAAUUCUACAUGCACGAUGUUGUCCGUGGCCCGAACGCCACCGCCGUUCGAGUUGCCGGCCGAGCUAACUUCACUAGUCCAAACCCAAUUGAAGCUAUGUUUGGAUCCAUUUUCGUGAUGGAUAAUCCAUUGACAGUCUCACCCGACCCAAAUUCUACAGUCGUAGGACGUGCACAAGGGAUAUAUGCUAUGUCCUCCCAACAAAAUGAGUUUAGUCUACUCAUGACAUUGACUUAUGCGUUCAUUAGUGGACCUUACAAUGGUAGCUCAUUCAGUGUAGUCGGCCGGAAUCCGGUAAUGAGUGAGGUGAGAGAGAUGCCGGUCGUCGGUGGCACCGGAAUUUUCCGGCUUGCUCGAGGAUAUUGCUUGGCGAAGACACACUCGAUGGAUCAAAUGGAUGCAAUUAUAGGAUACAAUGUUACCUUGUUACACUAUUGAGUUAGAGACAUUUUAUUUUGAGUAGAAAAUUAUUGAUUUUUAUGCUUUAGUUUCCAUCAUGAGUUAGUUUUUUAUUGUAAUAAAGUUUCAAUUUUUAUGUAGCA